UUUGUUUUUUUGUCAUGAUUCACAUCGAAUUUCCGACAUCAGAGACACGUAUGCUGUUAAUCAGGUGCUGAAGAAAAAAUCAAUCCUCUCCACUUGAAGGUAGGUGAUGCACACAGAUUUCUUCUUACCUUGCAAGCACCGUUGGAUGAAGAGAGUAGGCAUGAUCAUGGACAAACGCAGUGAGUGCUCAACCCAUCUGUACAUACGCUGCACUUUAUGCCCCCGUGCCGCUGCCAUCCUUAUCAUGCCUCUCCUUGAUCUGGCUCCCCAGUGCCGUCUUGCCUCGAUCUUGCAGGAGAGGAGGACAUUGUUUAUUUGCGUAGGGCUGUCGGGGGAUAAUUCGAUCGAGUAGGAGUUGUUACGUGGAAGAGGAGCUAGCAGCUGGGCGAUCGUUUGGCUAGGUGACGAGGAAGAAAUUGAUACGGCCGGCCGUUGUACGGGAGCACGGCCAGAGAUGGAGUUCGAUACGGUCUGCACCCAAAUCAGAAGGUUUGGCCACCCUUAACAAUAUCCUCAUCGGAUAUAACUUGGGGAAGGCGAAGGCGUACCCCCUACUAUAUAAGCUCGGCCACCCACGCCCCAAACAAAUCACAACCAACCUUCCUCAAGUCGUUUGUUCCCCCGAGCAAUCGAGUUGUGUUCCCGGCGAUCGAUCGAUCCAUCUUGCUGAGCAUCAUGGUUUCCGCCGACGUGGCCCGCAACAUCGUCGGCAUCAUUGGCAAUGUCAUCUCCUUUGGACUCUUCCUCUCCCCUGUGCCGACGUUCUGGCAUAUCUGCAAGGCCAAGAACGUGGAGGAGUUCAAGCCGGACCCCUACCUGGCGACGCUCAUGAACUGCCUGCUCUGGUUCUUCUACGGGCUCCCUAUCGUCCACCCCAACAGCACCCUCGUCCUCACCAUCAACGGCAUCGGCCUCGUCAUCGAGGGCGCCUACAUCAUCAUCUUCAUCAUCUACGCGGCCAAGAACACAAGGUGGAAGAUGCUCGGCGUGCUCGCCAUCCAGGCGGCGUUCAUGGCUGCUGUGGUGGCCGGUGUGCUCGUCGGCGCCCACACCCAUGAGAAGCGCUCCAUGAUCGUAGGCAUCCUUUGCGUCAUCUUCGGCUCCAUCAUGUACGCCUCCCCGCUCACCAUCAUGGGUAAAGUGAUCAGGACCAGGAGUGUGGAGUACAUGCCAUUCUUCCUGUCACUGGUAAACUUCCUCAACGGUCUCUGCUGGACGGGCUAUGCGCUAAUCAAGUUUGACAUCUACAUCACGAUCCCCAAUGCCCUCGGUACAAUCUUCGGCCUCAUCCAGCUGAUCCUUUACGGGUACUACUACAGAUCUACCCCCAAGAAGGGCAAGAAUGUCGAGCUGCCCACCGUCCUCACCAAAAACGCCGUUACCAGCGGCAACGUCUCCGUCACCAUAGAGAAAUAAGCUUUGCUUCGUUUUUAGCCCUAAAGAUUUUGAGCAGUUAAUACCGGAUGAUACUUCAACAGGUCUGAUGUUAAUUAGUUGUACUUUUUGUUAGCUAGUAGAGUCUGAGAUUGCCUUUAAUUUUGUGAACCAUUGUCGUCUGUCCGAGACUACAGUGCAAAUUGCAAGUGUAUAUAAAUACCAAUGCAGCUGAGUUAUCCCAGAGAUAUAUUAUGAAAACCACGUAUGCUUGCCUGUUUUCAA